CGCCAUGCCUCAUCCACGAGACUAUCGCCGAUGGCGAGACCUUGGGUAGCACUACCGUCGCUUUCAGCCCUAGAGUCCAACUGAGUCACGCGCCCCUACGCCUUCGACGACAAUCUGGACAACCAAGCUCUUUAGCUGCUUGACGCAUCCGCGGCAUGCCCCGCUCGAUGUGAUGAUCCUGUGGGCGCUUCUGUGCAGCUCCUUGACGCCCUCCCAUUCGCCCUCGUGUUUGAUGUACGUAUCACAGUCGACGGCUGCACGGCGAGCGUUCCUGGAACUAGUCGCGAACGAUGCUGCCAACGCUGCUCGACAGUUGGCCGCCUGGGCGAGCAUCUGCAAAACCGUCAGGGUGCUUCAAUGCCCGUGGUGCUGGCUGUUGCCGGGCACACGCAAUAAUAGUACGACGCCUGCCGGACAGGUUGCCUUUUGUCGGCGCUGCAUAUUGGCUGCUGCCAACCCCGCAUUUUGCUGCAUGGCAUUGGCGUUUUCAAGAACAGCCAAGCUCCAUGAGCUACCCCCCAGUCAUCGAUGUGCCCGCUCGUUCAAAUGGCUGUGA